GUGCUUGUGCUAUAUGAAGUUUUGGUGUUGUGAAUUGUGAUACUUUAUAGUGCUUGUUCAUGUUGUUGUCAAUUUUUUCUGCAUAUGUGGUGUUUGUGAAAAUUCCUCUUAGAGCUGUACCAAAUCUGAAAACUAUAUAUAUGUUAAAUUCCUUUUCUUCUAUAUCUCCUAUAAGCAGGAUCAACUAUGCUUGUGAAGUCUCUCUCAUUUCCUUCAAAUCUCUUCCCAAGUGGUGUUGUUUUUUUCUUUCUGAUUGCUGUUAGUUUUUCUGCAAGUGAAAUUGGAACAAACCAAAGAUGGGCACCCUCGAAAUCCUCGAAUUCUCUCGGUUUUUCUUCAAAGCUUCAAUUUUUGCGUAAAAGCACUCAAAACUCAUCUGGGGUUGGUCACGAUGAUGCAGUCAUAAUUGUGGAUCAUGGGUCACGUCGCAAAGAGUCCAAUCUAAUGCUUAAUGAGUUUGUGGAGAUGUUUAGAAACAAAACUGGAUACAAGAUUGUGGAGCCUGCUCACAUGGAACUAGCAGAACCAUCAAUUGGAGAUGCUUUUCAAUCUUGCGUUCAGCAAGGGGCACACCGUGUUAUUAUCAGUCCCUUUUUCCUCGGUCCUGGAAAGCAUUGGAGUAAGGAUAUUCCUGCCUUGAGUGCAGAGGCAGCAAAGCAACACCCUGGUGUAUCAUACAUUGUUACUGCGCCCCUUGGACUCCAUGAGCUACUUGUGGAUGUCGUGAAUGAUAGGAUCAAUUAUUGCUUGAAGCAUGUAGCUGGAGACGCAGAUGAGUGUUCAGUUUGUGCUGGGACUGGAAAAUGCAUACUUAAUCAAUAACUUAUGAUACUAAAUAGUUGGGUGCUCGUUUUAGAAGGUUGAUGAGGAUGAGAUGAACCUUAAAGUCAAAGGAAUGUGUAAAUUUGUUGAGCUGUAACUGUUCCAAAGCCACAACUUCAAGCAACAGAUUGAUUCUCAUAGAUAAACUUUAUGUGUGCUUCAAAUCAUCAAAUAUAUUACCUCAUGCAAUUGCCUUGUGUUUGUUUGGAUGGAUAAUGUAUUGAGCAUAUAUUUGCAAUGUGAAUCAUGAUAACUGUCAAAUUUGUAUUAAUUUAAUCCUGGUGUAUAACUGAUCUCUUAGAAAAUCCAAAUUGAAAAUGUGGGAUUGGUUUUAAUUCA